AUGGGUCGUGGUGGCCCAAUCGCCUGGCCGGCACGGUCGCCAGAUUUAAAUGUAUUAGACUUUUUUGUAUGGGGUCAUAUAAAAAGUCUAAUCGAGCAACGGCGUAAUAGUGGAGAAAACGAGAUUAUUGUUGGGCCACGCACAGAAAUUCUAGAUAUUGUUCCUGAAUGGCCAGGUAGUGAGCACGACAGCCGAAUCUUCCAAAAUUUUCGCAUAUAUAUGCGAUAUAGGCAAGGCGAAUUAGAUGGAAUCCUUGUAGGAGAUGCUGGAUAUCCCGCAUUGCCUUUUUUACUUACACCGAUUGUUAUAAUACAAUUCAUGGAAGAACAAGGAGAAUUGUUGAGAGGACGUUUGGCAUAUGGAAACGUAGAUUUCUGUCAAAAGGACUGUCUGUCAAAAGGACUUGGCACGAAAUUGUUAACGUCCACAUCAAUCGUUGUGGCAUGUGCUGUUCUUCACAACCUUGCAUUAAUUUUAAAUGAUAAGUUGGAAGAAGAUGAUGAAGAAGUAGAAAAUCUCAAUAAUGAAGUCCCGGUGGCCGAGCCUCACUGGCAACCUGGAGAUGGUUUUCUCGCACGAGAUGCUCUUAUCGAACGACUGUUCAGAUAG